AUGAACUUCAGUAUUGAAGAGUACUAUUCCAUUCUAAUUGAAAUUUUGAAAUCCGCUGAUGAAGAAGAUAUACCAAGCCAAGCACUAAUUGAUGCUUGGAGGAUAACAGAGAUCUACGUUCAACCGGUUAUCUGUGUGAUAGGGUUUCUCGGUAACCUUACUGCGGCACGUGUCUUCACCUCAAAGAACCUUCGUCUGAAUUCCUCCAAUCUGUACCUGGCUUCUUUAUCCUGUUUCACCAGUGUCUACAUGCUGCUAGUUCUGUUGUCAUGGUUAGCUGUGGUAAAUGUUCCAGUCAUAAAUCAAAAUGGAAUUUGUCAACUGGUCGUAUUUCUGACUUAUGUCUGCAGUUUUAUGACGGUUUGGUUGAUUGCUGUAAUCACCUUUGAACAUUAUGUCAUUGUCCACCAUAUCAGAGCAGCCAGGUUCGUAUGUAAACGUCGAAAGGCUAAAAUUCUUGUUUCUUGCCUUAUCGCCACUUCUCUUCUUCUAUACUCUACGACACUAUGGUCCACACGAGUGGAACAAAGGUCCAACAUGCUGGUCUGUACACCAGGAAGUGACCAGCGAGCCCUGCUGACACGAUUGGUGUUCUUCAUUGACAUGAUAUCAUUCAAAUAUCAGGAUAUCAAGACGAGAGAGAUCCCUCCUCCGAAUAGCUCGUGUUCUCUUGUUGAUCAGUCUGUCCCAUGUCGUGUUCAGCAGUCCAUGUUUUAUAUUUAG